UUUUAGAUUAAUGGGAAAGGAGGGUCAAAUGGUCAAAAUGUCAACCCCACGCACUCCUCCCCAAAACAUUGCUGCAGAUAAUAAUACAAGCAAAGCAAUCACAACAAGCCAGCGACAAGCUCAUACAAUACUGGAAGCAACGUGGUUGGUUCCCUCUUUCCCCCGAAGUUUCAUCUCUGGGAGCUGAAACAUCCAGGAAGAAGAAGAAGAAGAAGAAGAAGCACUACUCUUAAUUAAUUAGCUUUAUCCCAGUAUUACUAGUAAGUAGUAACCUUCACAUCAUUAUCCUAUCCUGCUACUUCCUUCUGGGUAUUUUCUCUUUCGCUCCAUAUUUGCACAGAGCUCCCAUUUAAUCUCACACGCCUCCAGAUUCACACCGUUUUCUCCAGGAUUUGGCUCCUCGCUGCCAAAUUUUAUAUAUAGUUCUCUUUUCACCGCCAAUCUGAGAAAUCGGUGGAGCCAUAAGGUUUGCGACUUUUCCAGUUAUUCGCCCCUCUUUCCAUAUUCUGUAUUGUUCUUGAUGUUUUGAGUAUUUCUGGUUGGUGUUCUAAGCUUGUUAUGUUAGUUCAUCUCCAAAAUAUGCAUAUGCCUUGAUUUGCUAGCUCUGGGUGGGGGUUAGUUUAGGGAUUUACCGGAUAAUUUUGAUGGUAUGGGAGAUUGUCAGCCAGCAAUGGAAGAGGAGGAAAACUUGAUUGCUGCUUUGCAGCACAUAGCCAAAACACUGGGUACUAAGAGGAAUUUGACGGAUGAUGCCAGGAAGAAAUUGGCAGAUCUGGGCACCCAAUUGGCCUCCAUAACUAGAAUCUCUGAAAACAACGAUGAUGAUGAUGAUCAAAGGCUGGAAGAUUGGGUGUCUGAGUUUGAGGAACAGCUUAACUCUGUGCAGGCUAAGAUCAUGAGCUGGGAAGGAAACCCCUCUAUGCUAUGGGAUUGUGGGCCUGAAGAGGCGUACGGCUAUCUGAAAUCCGUGGACGAAGCCCGGAAGCUCGCCGAGAAGUUGGAGACUUUGUGCCUUGGGAAAGACAUCAGAGAGUCCGAUCUUCUAAGGAGGGUUCAUGAUGUUCUUCAGGUAGCAAUGGCCAGGCUUGAGGAUGAGUUCAUGAACUUGCUGGUCAAUAACAGGCUUCCAUUUGAGCCGGAACAUAUGUCUUUCCGUUCAACUGAAGAAGAUAUUGUGGACGGGAGUUCUACUAUCUCAUUCGGCGAUGAGUCGGUUGAUGAUGGGCCCCAGAGAGAUAGCAUGAGCCGCAGCUCAGAGGAUUACAUCAUUGAACUCGUCCAUCCGGACAUCCUCCCUGAUCUGAAGUGCAUUGCCAAUUUGAUGUUUGAUUCGAACUACGGCCGGGAGUGCAGCCAGGCGUUCAUCAAUGUCCGAAAAGACGCGUUGGAUGAUUGCCUCUUCAUCCUUGAAGUGGAGAAGUUGAGUAUUGAGGAUGUGCAAAAGAUGGAAUGGAAUUCAUUGAACUCCAAGAUGAGGAGGUGGGUCCGAGCAUUCAAGAUCUUCGUCCGCAUAUACCUUGCCAGUGAGAAAUGGUUAGGUGACCAGAUCUUCAGCGAGCUCGGAUCGGUUAGUUCUGUUUGUUUCGCGGAGUCCUCAAAGACGUCACUCCUACAGCUUCUAAAUUUCGGAGAGGCAGUCGCAAUCGCCCCAAAACAGCCCGAAAGGCUCAUCCGGAUUCUCGACAUGUACGAGGUCCUCACUGAUCUUAUCCCGGAGAUUGAUUCCUUAUACUUCGACGAUGUUGGCUCGUCUGUUCGGGCGGAGUGCCGAGACGUCCGGAGAAGUUUGGGGUAUUGCGCGAAAUCCACAUUUCUAGAAUUCGAAAAUGCUGUCGCGUCCAACACAUCAGCAAACGCCUUUCCCGGUGGUGGGGUUCACCAUAUCACUAAGUAUGUUAUGAAUUACAUGAGAGCCCUCAUGGAUUACAGCCGAAUCCUUAACGGGCUUCUAAAGGACGAAGAGAAAGAAGACACUGGUUCGCCCGAAACAAGGCCGUCGAGUGAAGACGAUCCAAUUGCAAUAAACUUCCAAUCCUUCACUUCAACUUUGGAAUCCAACUUAGAUUCCAAAUCAAAGCUAUACAAGGACAAAGCUCUCAAACACCUUUUCUUGAUGAACAAUCUGCAUUAUAUUGCAGAAAAGGUGAAAACUUCAGAGUUAAGAACGGUCCUUGGAGAUAACUGGAUUCGCAAGUGUAAUGGGAAAUUCCAACAGCAUGCGAGGAGUUAUGAGAGAGCCACGUGGAGCUCUGUACUUUAUCUUAUCCGCGACGAAGGGAUUCAUAAUCCGGGAUCUAAUUCUGUUUCCAGAACUCUCCUGAAAGAGAGAUUACAAAGCUUUUAUCUGGCGUUUGAAGAGGUUUAUAAGAACCAGACAGGAUGGUUGGUCCCGGACCGUCAACUUAGGGAUGACCUGAUCAUUACAACGUCUCUAACGGUCAUUCAGGGUUAUCGCACGUUUGUGGGAAGGCACGCUGCGAAUGUUAGUGAUAAGUAUAUCAAGUAUAGUGCUGAUGAUCUGGAAAAUUACUUGCAGGAUCUUUUUGAAGGUUGUCCAAGAUCAUUGCAUGGCUCUCACAGGAAGUGAUGGUGAUGAUGGUCAGACAAAAGAAGUGGUAGUAAAAGAAUUUUGUUACUCGUUUUAUUGCCAUUUUUUUUCACAUUGGUAGGCAUUGUUGCUUUUCAGCAACAUUUAAGCCCAUUUGUGAUUAGGGAGGGAGUGCAUAAGUCAUAUUGUUAUUCUGGUGUGCUAAUUUAUCCUUGAUGGCCACUUUUCAAUUCCGUGUUAUUAUCAUUAUUAUUAAUUAAUCAGGGAUUUGCAUAU